CCAUCAUCAGACGAUCAAGAUGGUGGUGGGCAAAGUGUUUUGGCUUACUGUACUGAUCCUCAGCACGGCAUUCGGGCAGCCUGUCCCUGACUACCCGUGCCCGUGUCCGUGUCCACCACCAGAGCCUUGCGACCCCUGCGUGCCGUACAACCCCUGCCCCAGCCCGUGCCCCGAGCGCCCCUGUCCGUCGCCUUGCCCACCGCCAUGCCCGGAACCGUACGAUCCAAGCAACCCCUGUCCAUCACCUUGCCCGGAACCGUAUGAUCCAAGCAAUCCAUGCCCGUCGCUCUGCCUAUCGCCUUCCCCGGAACCCUCUCCGGAAUCGUACGACCCCUGCAAUCCAUGCCCAUCCUCUGGCUCCUACGAUCCUUGCAACGUCAUCAACAUCAAGCCGUGCAAUCCCUCCGCGCCGCUUAUCAACUGGGAAUACGGCCGAGCUCCAGCUGGUGCAGUCAUCGUCAAGCCGGGGGUCAUUAGGUUCCCGAGGCCGGCGCCCAUCCUCAUCAAACCCGGCUUGGUGAGGCCCCCGAGGCUCCCCAAGAUCUGGGUGAAGCCGGCCCCAGUGCAGCCACCUGCGCUUCGUCCCAUCGUAGUUAGGCCACCGCCAGUACAGCCACCGACGCCGAAGCCAAUCUUCGUGAGGGUUCCCCCUGUGACGCCACCGCAGCCCGGGCAGAUCCUGGUCAGACCUCCCCCCGUCCAGCCACCGAGGAUACCAUGCAUCAGGGUCCAGCCACCAGCAGUAGUCCCCCCGAGGCUCCCAACGCUCGUGAUACAGCCACCCAGGAUCCUCGUGCCCCAGGCCCCGACUGUUUGCUUCAGAGCCUGCCCACCAACCAGCUUCAAGACCGUAGGCUGCGCUAAAAUCACUGUUUGCCCACCAAACCCCUGCCCAGAACCUAGCCCCUGCCCAUGCCCGAGCCCAUACCCAGAACCAAGCCCAUGCCCAUGCCCAUGGCCGGAGCCCAGCCCAUGCCCAUGCCCAGAGCCAUGCCCAGAGCCUAGUCCAUGCCCAUGGCCAUGUCCAGAACCUAGCCCAUGCCCAUGCCCAGAGCCACGCCCAGAACCUAGCCCGUGUCCAUGGCCAUGCCCAGAACCUAGCCCGUGCCCCUGCCCAAGCCCAUGCCCCUGCCCGAGCCCAUGCCCCUGCCCUAGCCCAUGCCCAGAGUGGAUGUGAACGUAGCCUACUCUCCCUAUAACGAUCAAUAAUUUAGAUCUCUCUUAAACAUUAGUAUUCCACCGAUGCCUAUUCCUUAUUAUGAAACAUACUAGCACGUUUCUGUGUUCACAGAAAAAUUGCUAAAGCACUUCGAGCAAUCCAACACUGAAUAGACCGCGCAUAGGCCAUUAGCGUCUUUCAGGCCUCCUAGACUAAAAGGAAAGCAUUAUGUAACAAAUAAACAAACUAUUCCACUCCUUGUUUAGGUCUUAGAUAUGUUUUCGAAAGAACUAAAUUGUUUCUUUUAAUAGAUCUCCGAGAAUAUUAUAGUCGCCAUAUUUACAAUUGUGUGUUUUGAUCGAAAUAUACGGGUACUGU